AUGUCCCAAAGCAAGUCAGUCGACAUCGCUCGAGACGCCCAGCGGGUGUUUAACGUGCUGCGCAACGGUGGCCUGGCCAUCAUCCCCGCCAACGUUGGAUACGGCCUGGUAGCAUGUGACGCGGAAGCCCUAGACCGACUCUUCACCGUCAAGCGACGCAAACCACACAAGAAACACGCCAUGAUCGGAAGCUAUGUUCUACAAGAAUCCAUCCACGCUCUCCCACCCGAGCGACAGGCUAUGGUGCGCCUACUGACAGUCGACCUCGAUCUCCCGCUCGGCGUGGUCGCCCCGUUCCGUGCAGACCACCAUUUGGUCCGCAGACUCGGAGAUACGACAUUGUCCAAGAGCACCAUCAACGACACCCUUUCAAUGCUAGUCAACGGGGGUAACCUGCAAGAAGAACUCUCGCGGCUGACCACCGCAGCCGGACUACCUCUGAUGGGCUCAUCGGCCAACAUAAGCGGCACCGGGACUAAGCUGGUGGUAGAGGAGAUCGAGCCCGAAGUGCAAGCCGCCGCCGACCUCGUCAUCGACUACGGUAGACAGCGCUACGGCCACCCGCGGGCAUCGUCGACGAUGAUCGACUUUGCGAGUAUGCGGGUGGUACGUUUCGGCGCGUGCUACGACGUGAUCUGCGAUGUUUUUCAGCGAUUCUACAAGAUUCAGCUCCCUGAGGACCCGGGCCCCGCUAUUCUGUCAUCUGGCCAUUUGCUGCCUGAAGCUAGACUGUAUUAG